AUGUCCGACUCUGACGCCUCACCCCGUGGUUCCGCCGUUGCCAAACCCCCAGGCGCUCAAAUUCGACGACGUGCGGCGGGAUCCGCGCAAGUGUCGCGGCCAAACUCUACUCGCGCUGCUGGUGCUGGUGGAUCAUCGAACACCAUGCUCAAACUCUAUACGGACGACUCUCCAGGACUUCGAGUAGACCCUUUCAUUGUACUCGUCCUCUCUCUCUCGUUCAUUGGCUCUAUUUUCUUCCUCCACAUCUCGGCCAAGGUCAUCCGCGCGUUGACCAAAUAG